CUGUCGCCCGCUCUUCAUGCUCGCUACAGAACCCGGGGGCAGUUGGCGCUCCCGCAAUCCAGGAAGGACCCGCGUUUAUCACUCAAGCCUCGUAGGCAGCGCUUUGGGCUGGUUUCCGAGUUUGUUCCACAGGCAUUCGGCGUAGCGCUCUACAAAACUGCCUCCCGCCGCCGGGGCCCGACAGGCUGGGGAAGCCACGGGGGGAGGAGAGGAGAGGAGAGGAGAGGAAGGUCCUGUCUCGGAGCGUGUCGCGGCCGGCCGGGUGCCCGCGGGGGAGCAGCGCGGAGAGCCCGGCGCCAUGUAUUAUAAAUUCAGCGGCUUCAGCCAGAGGCUGGUCGGGGCGGUGGCGGCCGCCGCCUAUGCCCCCCAGGGACUCAAGCCACUGGCAUCCACAGAAUCGCCAGCUCUGAUUUUUGGAACGCCAACUAAACUUGCCUCAGAUUCGCCAGCAGCUGUUUCUUAUUUGGAUAAAAACAAGGUGCCGGACCUCCAGAAGCUAUUUCAGAAGGCUGAUGGAUUGCCAGUACAUCUGAAACGAGGAGUUCCUGAUCAGCUGCUAUAUCGGACCACUAUGGCCCUAACGAUAGGAGGGACCAUCUACUGUCUGAUAGCUCUCUACAUGGCCUCACAACCAAAAUCUAAGAAGUGAGUGAACCAUAACUAAUGGGACUGAUUCAGCAUUUCUCUGAAGGACCAGUUGCAUACUACCGCUUUGUAUUUACUGCUUAAUCCUGUGAUUGUAUGUUGUGAAUUCUUCAAAUAAAGACAUUAAGAAAAUGUUUCGAAAGUGGUUACCUUCUAAUGCAUUGGAAAGCAAGAUGAAUAUCAAAGUUAAUAUUUAAGAGUGAAAGUCAAUGUGUUUUGCUUGUGUCAGGUCUCCAGUCUUCUCUUUCCCACCCCAAACGUAAACCAGACAAACAGUUGACUUACAACAGCCUCUGAGCACUUUAGGGUGGUAUAACUUGCCACCUGCCUUUCAACAAUGUUUAAAUUGGAAAUGAAAACUUAAUUGUGUCAAGCUAUGCCAUAACACCCACAUUCUCUCAAGUGUAAGGAGAACAGGGGGAGGGGAUUCCAGGGUUUACAGAAGCAAUAAGUGUUUUGUGUAACUUACUGUUUGAUGACAAGUCUAUUUUUCUUGUCAUACAUGUUCACUAAGAAUUCACAUUAGCGGGUGCAGCACAGAGAUUCUUCCAAAUGCUGAGAUAACAUUAAUGUUGGAAACAUGGUUACUUAAAUUUGUACUUUCAGUGAGUAAUAUGAUAGGGUUAUGGUGUCCAAAUCUAAUACAGGUUUCAGAGUGGUGUCCAAAUCUAAUACAGUCUAUGAACACAGCGGCUGGUAGCAGUGUUGCACUUAGGCAGACUUCUAAUUGUAACACCAACUGUACUAGUUUUUUGUCCUUUUCCUUUUGUCAAAUUAUAUUUUUAAAUUAAAGUACUGUUUGUUUUUACUGUGGAAUAAAUACACCACUGCAAACAUUGAAACGUU